UUCAACUCGAUCGAAUUGCGAAUAGCUUCAAAUGCUGCUUUCUAUGUCAUAACCUUCAAGUCGACAAGGCCCAAUUCGUAUGUAUGGGAGGUAGAUUAGGCCCGAAACUGGCACCUGUUCUCAUGCGAUCAUGUCUACGGCCGACUUCCCUACGCACGGCUUAUAGUAGAAGCUACAGCUUGCGUCAAAUAUGGCCUUCUCUUAGUCCAAAGCUCCCAUGGCGAGCCGGAGUGGCGGCAGCGCCAUUGAUACAGAGCUCUGCGUCGCCUAUCCCCCGAAGAUAUAGCAGCUCAAAAGCAGCCGCGAAAGGUGUAGUUAGUGACCUUGAGCGCCGGAUCGCCGCCAUACCCAUCGAGCGCUUUCGCAACUUUUGUAUUGUGGCGCACAUCGACCAUGGCAAAUCUACGUUGUCGGACCGCCUACUCGAACUUACCGGUACCAUAUCCUCAUCCAGUUCGAACCGCCAGAUCCUCGAUACUCUAGAGGUCGAGCGCGAGCGCGGAAUCACCGUCAAGGCUCAGACCUGUACUAUGAUUUAUAAUCACAAUGGCCUCGAUUACCUGCUGCAUCUCGUCGAUACUCCUGGACACGUUGACUUCCGCGCCGAAGUCACGAGGUCCUACGCCAGUUGCGGAGGAGCUUUGCUACUUGUAGAUGCCAGCCAGGGUAUACAGGCUCAGACCGUCGCCAAUUUCUACCUCGCUUUCGCCGAGGGCCUGAAGAUCAUCCCUGUAGUCAACAAGAUAGAUAUGAUGGCUGCCGAUGUGCCAAGAGUGCUUGAACAGCUCGAAACUACUUUUGAACUAGACUCCAGCACGGCAAUCGGCGUAAGCGCGAAGACUGGUCUUAACGUUAAGGAAAUAUUGCCAGCCGUGGUAGAGAAGAUCCCAGCGCCGACGGGCGAUGAAUCGAAACCACUAAGGAUGUUGCUGGUCGAUUCUUGGUACGAUAGCUUCCGCGGAGUCGUCUGUCUAGUUCGUAUCUUCGACGGGACCGUGAGGGCUGGCGAGAACAUCAUAAGUUUUGCUACUAACAACAAAUAUACGGUUGGAGAGGUCGGCAUUCGAUACCCUACUCAGGUUCCUCAGACGGUCCUGCGCGCUGGCCAGGUCGGUUACGUUAUCUUCAACCCCGGGAUGAAAAAGAUCCAAGAUGCCAAAAUUGGUGACACUUUUACCACUGUCGGUUCUGAAGAUGUUGUUGAGCCGUAUCCGGGUUUCGAGGAACCCAAGCCUAUGGUCUUCGUUGCCGCUUUCCCUACUGAUCCCGCCGACUACAGUCGUCUAGCCGACAGCAUCGGCCAGCUCGUUCUCAACGACCGUAGCGUUACUCUCCACAAGGACCACUCUGAAGCCUUAGGCGCCGGCUGGCGGCUAGGCUUCCUAGGGAGUCUCCACUGUUCCGUCUUCCAAGAUCGUCUGCGUCAGGAGCAUGGUGCGAACAUUAUCAUUACCGAGCCCGCCGUCCAGACCAAAAUCGUAUAUCAGAACGGUACCGAGUCCGUCCUCCAGAGCCCCGCUGACUUUCCAGAUUCGGAGGAAGGACGUUACCGCGGAGCUACCUACUACGAACCAUACGUACUAGCGACCAUGACACUCCCGCAGGAGUAUCUGGGCCGGGCCAUCGAACUCUGCGAAGCUAACCGUGGUGAGCAAGAUAGUAUCGAGUUCUUCCAUGGCUCACAGGUCAUCCUUAAAUACCGGAUUCCAACUGCUCAGUUGGUGGACGACAUGUUUGGCAAACUCAAGGGCGCGACCAAGGGAUAUGCCACGCUGGACUACGAGGAUGCCGGGUGGCGUGAGAGUAGGCUGGUUAAGCUGCAGCUACUCGUCAACAAAAUGCCCGUUGAUGCCAUAUCCAGAGUUGUACAUUCAUCGCAGGUGGAACGACUAGGCCGACAAUGGGUGACCAAGUUCAAGGAGCACGUACAACGGCAAAUGUUCGAAGUCAUCAUCCAAGCUGCGGUUGGCAAGAGGAUAGUCGCCCGUGAGACUCUGAAAGCCUUCCGUAAGGACGUGCUUGCCAAACUGCACGCCAGCGAUAUCUCGCGGCGGCAGAAACUACUCGAAAAGCAGAAGGAGGGUCGCAAGAAGCUGAGAGCGGUUGGCAACGUCGUGAUCGAACAGGAGGCUUUCCAGAAGUUCUUGGCUAAGUGAACCAAUCUUUCGCCUAGCGUGUAUAUGAUCAUGUAGAUAUAUGUAACCGUAUCAAUACCCAAUCCAGAAUUACGAUGACUACUAAUUUGAAGCUCUGAGUUGUGUGCUUUCAAGGGGAAAGAGUCUACGUAUUAGACCACGAUCAUCACGGCGAAGUAACCAAU